CAUGGAUUUCCUGGGGAACAGAAACUACACAGUAGUAACAGGUUUCAUUUUACUGGGAUUAACUGAUGACCCCGUUCUUCGAAUAAUUCUCUUCAUGAUCAUCUUUUGCAUCUACCUGGUGACCAUCUCGGGCAACUUAAGCACAAUCACUCUUAUCAGGGUGUCUUCUCAGCUCCAUCAUCCUAUGUACUUUUUUCUGAGCCAUUUGGCUUUUGCUGAUAUAGGCUAUUCAUCUUCUGUCACACCGAAUAUGCUUGUAAAUUUCUUGGUGGAGAAAAACACAAUUUCCUAUCUUGGAUGUGGCAUCCAGCUUGGUUCAGCUGUUUUUUUUGGGACGGCUGAGUGCUUCCUUCUGGCUGCCAUGGCCUAUGAUCGCUUUGUGGCAAUCUGCAACCCACUGUUGUAUUCCAACAAAAUGUCUACACAAGUCUGUGUUCAGUUACUUGCAGUGGCUUACACAGGGGGUCUUUUUAAUGCUUCAUCCUUCUCUGCUUCAUUCUUUUCUUUGUUCUUCUGUGGACCAAAUCAAGUGAAUCAUUUCUUCUGUGAUUUUGCUCCUUUAAUUGAACUCUCAUGUUCUGAUGCCAGUAUCCCUGCAGUAGUCCCCUCCUUUACUGCUGGCUCCAUCAUUGUGGUCACAGUGUUUAUCAUAGCCAUUUCCUAUGUCUACAUCCUCAUCACCAUCCUGAAGAUGCGCUCCACUGAGGGGCGCCAGAAAGCCUUCUCCACCUGCACUUCCCACCUCACUGCAGUCACUCUGUUUUAUGGCACCAUCACAUUCAUUUAUGUGAUGCCCAAGUCCAGUUACUCAACUGACCAGAACAAGGUGGUGUCUGUGUUCUACAUGGUGGUGAUCCCCAUGCUGAACCCUCUCAUCUACAGCCUCAGGAACAAUGAGAUUAAAGGGGCUUUGAAGAGACAGCUUGCUAGAAAGAUAUUUUCUUAG